GGAUAUCAAGAAUCAGUGGUAAAGUAGACACUUAGUGUGGCCCCGCCCACCACUGCCCAAACCGGAAGUUUAGCUGUUGUUGUCACACUGGAAGAAAAUGGCUGCUGCUCCGACUUUUUUUCAAUGAAGACACUGAUAUUUCAAUUUCAUUUCGUUUUCUUGCAUUGGAGCUACAAUCGACCGCUAUGCAAUCUAGGAGAUAAGUCCAUCCUUUUCGGGUGUGAAUGGUCACUUUGGGAAGGUGACAGUGUGGGGCAGAAAGGACAGCAUCGUCUACCGUCAUUCGCCUUGCAGCUGGCGGUGGACCACAAUGCAACAAGUUUUGGAAUAUGCAUUGGACCGAGCCGAGUACAUUGUUGAAAGUGCUCGACAACGACCAGCCAAAAGAAGAAUUUUAUCCGGCGGGAGAAAGAGUUUGUAUCAGAAGCUCUAUGAGCUCUACAUAGAAGAAUGUGAGAAAGAGCCAGAGUUAAAGAAUUUGAGGAGAAAUGUGAAUCUACUGGAGAAGCUGGUGUCUCAGGAGUCCGUAUCAUGUCUGGUGGUCAACUUGUACCCUGGGAAUGAAGGCUAUUCUUUAAUGCUCAGGGGCAAAAAUGGAUCUGAUUCUGAAACCAUCCGGCUGCCAUAUGAAGAGGGAGAACUCUUGGAGUACCUAGAUGCGGAGGAGUUGCCUCCUAUUCUGGUGGAUCUGUUGGAGAAAUCACAGGUGAACAUCUUCCACUGUGGCUGUGUAAUAGUAGAGGUGAGAGACUACAGGCAGUCUGGCAAUACCAAGAUGCCCACCUAUCAGAGCAGACACAUCCUGCUACGGCCAACCAUGCAGACACUGAUCUGUGAUGUCCAUGCCAUGACCAGUGACCACCACAAGUGGACACAGGAUGACAAAUUGCAGCUGGAGAGUCAGUUGAUUUUGGCCACAGCUGAACCUCUGUGCCUGGACCCCUCCAUCUCUGUCACCUGCACAGCCAACCGUCUGCUCUACAACAAACAGAAAAUGAACACGCGCUCCAUGAAACGUUGUUACAAGAGGCAUUCUCAAGCAGCACUGAACAGGCAGCAGGAGCUUUCCAAUCUGCCCGUACCACCCCAGCUACGACUCUACGACUACCUGCAGAAGCGAAAGGAGAGGAAACCUGCUCCUGUCAUAGACCUGAAGAUCUCAAAGAUUGGAAACUGUGUUGACAUGUGGAAGCAGAGCAACUGCCAACUAACUGUACCGAAGGAAAUUGAUGUGGAAAAGUACGCUGUGGUUGAGAAAUCUCUGCAGUUGGAGGACUCUCAGCCCACUACUGUGAUCUGGCCUGCUGAAGAAGUUAUAGAUGACUACACGUUUGAGUGUGAGGUCGGGGGCCAACCCCAGAGGACCAAGGUAUCUAUCUUCCAGUCGAUGGGAGACCCGCUGGUGUAUGGGAAGAUCUAUUGUGCUAAAGAACCAAAAGCAGAGGAAGACAGCACAGACCUAAAGCUCAUACAUCCCACUUUCCUGAUAGGCUCCAAGAUAGAUGCAGACCGGUUUCUUAAUCAGUACAAAGGGGUGUAUGAGAAAGAUGUAAAGUGUCAAGUCAAGAUGUCCCAUAACUCAGGCAUUGUGGGACAGGGGCCUCCCUCCCCCAGCAAAGAUGAGGGUGAUGGUGUUUCCCCACUGGUCCAGACGUCUGUUUUGGGAAAAGGGGUGAAGCACCGACCCCCUCCCAUCAAACUGCUUUCAGGAUCAGGCAGCAGCUCCUCAGGUAAUCUAUAUAGUUCACAAACCACCAGUGGUCUACUCAAGUGUCCUACACCCCCUCCAGCAAAAAGCCAGUCCCUGAACAGGAAGCACUCUGUGGAGUUGAGCCAGGUGGGCCUGCUGUCGCCUGCCUCCCUCUCCCCGAUGGGCUCCACACAGAGAUCGGGAACUCCCAAGCCAUCCACCCCUACACCCACCAACACGCCGUGCUCGACCCCCCACCCCACUGAUUCCCUCUCUGCUCCUCUCUCGGUGACCCCUACCCUUUCAGACCCCGCCAUGGCUCACAGCCAGUCGCAGCCAGCCCUGCUCACCCCUUUUGCCCAGCAGCAACUGGCUCUAAGCCAGCCGCUGCCCGUCAUGACCAUUCCCCUGCCUACCAUGGGUACGUCCAUCACCACGGGAACCACAUCGUCACAGGUCAUGGCCAACCCUGCAGGGCUCAAUUUCAUCAACGUGGUCAGCUCUGUCUGCAGUCCUCAGACCUUGAUGAGUGGCUCUAAUCCCAUGCUGGGUCCAGGCCUUAACCUGAGUGGAAUCCUGCCAUCUGGAGGGCUGAUGCCCACCAUGCAGUCUGGAGCACAGACUGGGAGUCAUUUUGGCCUAAACAGCAGCGCUGGCUUGAGACCACUGAACCUACUGCAGAUCCCCACUGGUCCUCUCAUCUUUAACUCUCUACAGCAGCAGCAGCUGUCUCAGUUCUCCCCACAGCAGAGUCAGUCAGCCACCUCCAGCCCUCAGCAGCAGGGGGAGACGGGUGACCAGGGGCCAGAACAAAGUUUAGGAAACCAGCAAACAGCCGUGAUCAACCUGGGAGUUGGAGGCUUCAUGUCUCCUCAAGGAGCAGUGCUGUCCCAGUUGGGCUGUGGGCUGGACGGGUCUGGGCCCCCACUGCCUUCUCCAAGGCUUCAGCAGCAGCACCAGCCACAGAUCCAAUUGCAAUUCUUGCAGCACCAAAUGCAGCAGCAGCAAAUGGCUAUGGGAGCGGCAGCUCCUCAGGCGGGAGCACCACGGCAACAUACCGCCAGCCAACCAAGAAGUAAGAGGAAGAGGAGCACGCCACAGCCCCUCCCUAAGUCAUGAGACUAAAAUCACACUAAAAAAAACCUUCCCCCAGCUACACAAGGACAUGAA